AUGACUGUAAAAACUACUAAAGACUCCAAGACGCAGGACGCCGUUGACACCCCUGUCAGAAGAUGGAGACAAAGACUAUGCUCCCCGGGAACCAUCUGCGAUAUUCGCAAUGUUUACCAGACCAAGCCAGACGAGAAUGGAGAGACCACAUGGACCAAGGACUUUCCUAAAAGUCUAGUGGCUCCUGUAGAGGACGCCGAGUCUGCACAAUACGCCGUCAUUGUACGCAAUUCAAAAUGCUAUGAUGGGCGAAAAAGCCUUAAGAUCCACUCAAUUGUGGUACAAAGCGAGCCUUUGAAGGAGUUCUUAGGCAAGGUGCUGGAGGGCUACCCCGGAGUCACCACUACACUCGAGCGCCUGGAAUUCAACAGCCCAUUCAAGCCUAUGGUGCACCGAUGGGAAAAUUUCCUGGAAAUUCGCGCGAAGGAGCAGGACCCUACCACUAAGCAGCAUGCCGACCUGCUCCACAAAAUCCUGGAAGAGGAACUCCGGGACACCAUUACUCGGAAGAAUGACCUGAUCCGCAAUAAAGUCAUCACACAUGAGCUUGUGUGGUCAAUCUUCGAGCCUGGGGAUGUGAUGAUUCAUACUUCCGACGGUCGCACUCGAGCGUUUAUCUUUGAUAAAGACGUUAUUGACGGCCGAUCAAAGGCAUGGACUCUCACCGGAAAGUAUGUCGACCAUGACGGUGAGAACUUCGGGUAUCGCGAUAAAGACUUCGAGAUUUACCCCUUCAUCGGUACUGUCCCUAUUACUUCGCUUGCGGUGUCCCCUCUCAAGUAUCAUGCCGAUCAAAAUUCCAUCCGCGAGUCCUUGAUCGCACGUGGUAAACUCUGGGAAGAGCACAAGGGAUACCACUACAAGCAGUACCGGGGUAUUGCCCAUGGAUUCAACCAUGAUGUGGAGAUCGUGAAGUACCACGUCAAUAGCCGUAUCAUUAUCGACACCGAUGCCUUCAACACCUUCCACCCUUACACAUCCGUAAACGUGUAUGGGGAAAAAGACUUCCCACUCGAGAUGACUGAUGAUCUUCGGUUGGUAACUACUCCCAUGUUACACGGAUAUUCCCUGAAGGACAAGGAGUGGCUUCGGUUCUACCUCGACCUAUCAAAAGAGAUUAUCUGGGAAACCCGUGCCUUCGAGGCACUCGUUCUUCCUUCAGACCAGGAAAAUCUCAAGGACCUGAUCUUGGCCUUUGCCAAAGCCCAGGCGAAGCAAGUGAACAAUUUUGACGAUGUGGUCGAGGGUAAAGGCCGGGGCAUUAUCAUGCAGCUCAGUGGUCCUCCCGGAGUUGGGAAGACCCUCACUGCUGAGAGUGUGGCAGAAGUGAUGCGGGUUCCCUUGUACGCUAUGAGUGCUGGAGAUCUGGGCACCUCCGCUUCGGACGUGGAGUAUAACCUCAAGCAGGCUCGUUCCGCCACUGAUCUCGAGCGUAAUGAGCUUGUAUCAAUCUUCCUGCGUCUGUUGGAAUACUAUGAGGGAAUUAUGUUCCUCACCACUAACCGUUCUGAGAACAUCGACCCGGCUUUCGAAUCACGAGUCCAUGUCUCUCUCACCUACCAGGAUCUCGAUAAAUCCGCACGCCGCCACAUCUGGACCCAAUUCCUGUCUCAUUCGGCUAACGUGGGCGAGUUCUCUGACGACGUUCUUAACAAACUCUCGGAGGUCCAGCUGAACGGCCGACAGAUUAAGAAUCUGGUAAAAACAGCUAGUCUUCUCGCCUGGUCGAAGGAAGAGAACUUGAAGUAUGAGCACGUUCAGACAGUGCUUAGGCUGCGUGAUGUGAAUUCGUAA